GAUUUCAAUCUGCCACGUGUUAGGUAGAAACAGUAUGCUCCAGCUCCAAAUCAUGUUUCAGUUUAUCCAUUUUGCGGACAUCAUCGCAUGACAUCCUUGGAUAUGCCUACCAUGGCCUCCUCUCUGCUCCUCCCACUUGGUUCAACUUGUGGUAGAAGACCCUCUUUUACUCCUCCUCAAAGCAUUUUGGUGGACAAACUUCGAAGAAUAGUUGUUAAAGUUAAAUCCUCAGAAAGUGAAUGCCCUUCUAUGUUUAACAACAAUUCACGUAGAGACUUUCUUGGGUUGGCUUUAGGAGUCUCAGGCCUCUUCAUCGGUUCAUUGGAUGCAACUGGAGCUGGUUUGCCCCCAGAGGAAAAGCCAAAACUUUGUGACGACACUUGUCAGAAAGAGCUUGAAAAUGUGCCUAUGGUAACUACUGCAUCAGGUUUGCAAUACAAGGACAUUAAAGUUGGACAAGGCCCUAGUCCACCAGUUGGAUUUCAGGUGGCUGCUAAUUACGUUGCAAUGGUUCCAUCUGGACAAAUAUUUGAUAGUUCACUGGAGAAAGGUCAGCCUUAUAUUUUUCGCGUGGGUUCUGGUCAGGUGAUACAGGGACUUGAUGAAGGUAUUCUGAGCAUGAAAGUAGGAGGGAAACGUCGACUGUACAUACCUGGAUCACUGGCAUUCCCAAAAGGCCUUACUUCUGCUCCUGGAAGACCAAGGGUGCCUCCGAGCAGUCCAGUCGUAUUUGAUGUUAGUUUGGAAUAUAUCCCGGGGCUUGAAGUGGAUGAGGAAUAAAAUUAGGUUGUCCAUUCUAUUUUGAUUGAACGCAAUCAAUCUUCAUUUUCAUUUGUCCCUAUUCUCACCAUUCUCUACAAUUGUUAAUUCUUUUGAGAAAUAAGCACAAAAUUUCAUAGCUAUACUGCGUAACAUUGUUUUGAGUUCAAAAAUAUCACGAAAAUCAUCCUUAUGGUUUAUACCAA